AUUGAGACCGGAAAGCUUUUUUCCGAUUCGAAAAUUGGGACUAUCAGUGUUAUAAUUCUUGCCGCUAGAUAGCGUAAGAUACAUAGGAAGGAAUUGGUAAAAAUUUACGAUAUAUCGCUAUAUCGAUGUCGUUAUUGGUAAUCCGUAUAUCGUUACAUCCGGCGGGAAACGUUUUGGCCUCGCUUCUCGCCCUUGUUGUAGUUUGUAGUCUGCUUGUGUUACUUAUAACAUUUACGUUAAAUAACAUUUAUUUAACAUUUAUUACAUUAAAUACAUUGGGCACGACCUGGCGAAAAGCUGCAUACUACUGGCUGCGUUUAAGUGAUGAAUGGUGAAAAUUAUUGAUUACUGGUAGGAUCUUGAUUAUUCCAGUGAGAUUUUCAAGAUGGACCAAAUGGAGGAAAACGAAAUCGAGCUAGAAACAGUUGUGAUAGAUGACAAUGUUGACAGUGCUGACUUCAAUAAUGUGCCAACAGAUACCGUAAGCGCGGCGAUAAGUGUCGAAGAAUGCAACAAAGUUGAGAAGCUUGUCAAAUUUCCUAUCACACGAAUCAAACAUCUGGUGAAGAUGGAUCCAGACGUCAAUCUUUGUAGUCAAGAAGCUUUAUUUCUAAUCACAAAAACAACAGAAUUCUUUGUUGAGUGUUUAUCCAAAGAAGCUUAUUCCUAUACUGCACAAUCCAAAAAGAAAACUGUCCAAAAGAAAGAUGUGGAACAGGCAAUAGAUGCAGUCGAUGCUCUGGCUUUCCUUGAGGGUGUUUUGGACUCAUAAUGGAUGUGUUUUGUGUUAAGAGCUAUUAUGUUUAAGUUCUUACAAGACCACAUGUGUGGCUUUAAAUACAAAGGUGUUACAAUUUUCUAAGUAAA